AUGAAAGGGGAUUUGUCCCGCUUAAAUCGUGACCUCUCAAAAGUGAUUCUGUUGGAUUGGGAUCCUCGGUCAUUUCAACUUCAACCUGAAAACGCUCUUCGUCUUCCUAAAUGGGAAGGUUCAGACGACGACACGAUACUGAUGGAUUUGGCUGCUCUUUUACGAGCUAUCGCAACCAGCGGCACCAAAGAUGUGCGACCCAUACUGGAGUACUACAACAGUUUCGUUGAUCCAAUAGAGGCGUUCAGAGAGAAGCAAAAAUUUCUUUUGGUAAGUUUUUCUAUCGUUGUUUUGCCUAGAUUCAAAGGUGUUACUGCUCCACCUAUAACGUUGACGGUUUUUGGUUCCAUUGCUCUACUGUCAUUCUAGCG